AUGCGUCUAAUUGACACCAGCACACUGAAACUGAAGGAGUUUUCAGAAGACAGCAUUCCGCCGUACGCGAUUCUCUCCCAUACUUGGGGGAACGAUUUCGACGAGCUCACUUUUCGCCAAGUGGAAAAUGGGGACAUCGACGAACAAAAGCUUGGAUCAGUCAAGCUUCGGGGAUGCUGUCAACAAGCUCAGAAAGAUGGACUGGGUUAUGCUUGGAUUGACACCUGCUGUAUUGAUAAGACCAACCUCGUGGAGCUCAGCGAGGCCAUCAACUCCAUGUAUCGCUGGUACAGUCGCGCUGCUGUCUGCUAUGCCUACCUGUCUGACGUUCCGGAUGACGAUGACCCCCCGAGGCAAGGGUCCAAAUUUCGAUCGAGUCGAUGGUUUCAGCGAGGCUGGACUCUGCAAGAGCUUCUUUCCCCGAGGCACCUACGGUUCUACAAUUCGAAAUGGCGGUCCAUAGGCACCAAAGGCACUUUGUGCUCUGUCCUCAAGAAUAUCACCCGCGUGCCGCAGCAAUUUCUGCUCGGUAUUGCCAGCUUACAUGGGGCAAGCGUAGCGCAGCGUAUGUCAUGGGCUUCGCAGAGACAGACGAAGCGAGCCGAAGACAUUGCAUACUGCUUGCUAGGCAUCUUCGGUGUGACAAUGCCAAUGAUAUAUGGAGAAGGUGGCAAACAAGCUUUCUUCCGGCUCCAGGAACAAAUCAUGAAGACGACGAGGGACGACUCCAUUCUGGCAUGG